CGCCGACACAGGUCAUGCUGUUGUCUCCUGACCCCGCCGGCCCUGCCAGGUGACCAUGCCCGCCCUCGGCCCGGCUCUCCUCCAGGUGCUCUGGGCCGGGUGGGUCCUCACCCUCCGCCCCCCUCCGCCGGAUGCUUUCGUUCCCAAUGGCACUCGUCUGCAGCACCUGGCGCGGGACCCCACCUCCGGCACCAUCUACCUGGGGGCCACUAACUUCCUGUUCCAGCUGAGCCCGGAGCUGCAGCUGGAGGCCGCCGUGCCCACUGGCCCUGUGCUGGAUAGCAGGGACUGCCUGCCGCCUGUGGUGCGCGAUGAGUGCCCUCAGGCCCAGCCGACCGACAACCCGAACCAGCUGCUCCUGGUCAGCCCGGGCGCCCUGGUGGUGUGCGGGAGUGUGCACCAGGGCGUCUGUGAGCAGCGGGGCCUGGGGCAGCUCCAGCAGCUGCUGCUGCGGCCAGAGCGGCCCGGGGACACCCAGUAUGUCGCCGCCAACGACCCUGAGGUCAACACUGUGGGGCUGGUGGCCCGGGGCUUGGAUGGGGAACCCCUCCUGUUUGUGGGGCGGGGAUACACCAGCAGGGGCGCAGGAGGCGGCAUCCCUCCCAUCACAACCCGAGCCUUGCGGCCCCCGGACCCCCAGGCUGUCUUCUCCUAUGAGGAGACAGCCAAGCUGGCUGUGGGCCGCCUCUCUGAGUACAGCCACCACUUCGUAAGCGCCUUCGCACACGGGGACAGUGCCUACUUCCUGUUCCUGCGGCGGGACCUGCAGGCUCAGUCUCGAGCCUUCCGUGCCUAUGUGUCCCGCGUGUGCCUCCGGGACCAGCACUAUUACUCCUACGUGGAGUUGCCACUGGCCUGCCAGGGUGGCCGCUACGGGCUGAUCCAGGCCGCGGCUGUGGCCACGUCCAGGGAGGCGGCCCGCGGGGAGGUGCUCUUCGUAGCCUUCUCCUCGGCCGCCCCCCCCACCGUGGGCCGGCCCCCGUCGGCAGCGGCCGGGGUGUCUGGGGCCUCUGCCCUCUGUGCCUUCCGCCUGGACGAGGUGGACCGCCUUGCCGACCUCACGCGCGAUGCCUGCUACACUCGGGAGGGCCGCAGCGCGGACGGGGUGGAGGUGGCCUACAUCGAGUAUGAUGUCAACUCCGACUGUGCGCAGCUGCCUGUGGACACCCUGGACGCCUAUCCCUGUGGCUCGGACCACACGCCCAGCCCCAUGGCCAGCCGUGUCCCCCUGGAAGCCACACCAGUUCUAGAGUGGCCUGGGGUUCAGCUAACAGCCGUGGCAGUCACCAUGGAGGAUGGACACACUAUUGCUUUCCUGGGUGACAGUCAAGGGCAGCUGCAUAGGGUGUACUUGGGCCCGGGAAGUGAUGGCCACCCAUACUCCACCCAGAGUAUCCAGCAGGGGUCUGCGGUGAGCAGAGACCUCGUCUUUGACGGGGCCUUUGAGCACCUGUAUGUCAUGACUCAGAGCACACUUCUCAAGGUUCCUGUGGCCUCCUGCGCUCAGCACCUGGACUGUGCGUCUUGUCUGGCUCACAGGGACCCCUACUGUGGGUGGUGUGUGCUCCUCGGCAGGUGCAGCCGCCGUUCCGAGUGCUCACGGGGCCAGGGCCUAGAGAGGUGGCUGUGGAGCUUCCAGCCUGAGCCGGGCUGUCUGCAGGUGGCAGCCGUGGAUCCUGCCAACAUCAGCCGAGAGGAGCGGAGGGAGGUUUUCCUGUCGAUACCUGACCUGCCACCCCUGUGGCCGGGGGAGUCCUAUUCCUGCCACUUUGGGGGAUACCAGAGUCCUGCCCUGUUGACCAGCUCUGGUGUGAUGUGCCCCUCCCCAGACCCUAGUGAGGCCCCAGCGCUGCCAAGAGGAGCCGACCAUGUUUCCGUGAGCGUGGAGCUCAGGUUUGGUGCCGUCGUACUUGCCAAAGCUGCUCUCUCCUUCUAUGACUGUGCAGCCGUCACUGACCUCCACCAGUCGGCACAGUGCCAGGCCUGCGUGAGCAGCCGCUGGGGGUGUAACUGGUGCGUCUGGCAGCACCUGUGCACGCACAAGGCCUCGUGUGAUGCUGGGCCCAUGGUGGUCAGCCAACAGAGCCUGCUUCUUUCCCCAGCCGCUCCUGCCAAAGACGCACCCACCCCCUUCCCACCUGCUGCCCCCGAGGCCACGGUCACCCCUACUCCCGACACCCCUCCCGCGGAGCCGCGGGCUCCCUCCUCAGCCACAGCUUCAGAUGUCCUGCCCGAGGCCAGGCCUUCCCUGCUCGGCCCCUGGGAGCCGUGGGCAGGUCCCAGCCCCACACCUGCCUCACCUGCCUCCCCUGCCUCAGCCUCCACAGAGCCACCGCUCCACGAGGAGCCCCUCCCUGCCAGCCCCCCGGACAGACCUGGCACCACUGCCCCUGCUCUCCCUGACCUCCAACCCACGGCCACACCUGAGGACCUCUUGGCCUCCCGCCCGUCCCCCUCAGACGCAGCGGCACUGCCCCCUGCCCCCACAGACCCUGGCCCCGAGGCCCCCCCCACCACGGAACCCCGGGACCAGCCCUCCAGCCCUGCUCCCGCCACUGCUUUCCCAGGGGCCGCUGGCUCCGAGAAGCCCGCUCUGGACUGGCUCAUGAAAGAAGGCGGCGAGCUGCCCGAGGCGGACGAGUGGACAGGGGGUGACACGCCCGCCUUCUCCACUUCCACCCUCCUCUCAGGUGACGGAGACUCGGCCGAGCACGAGGGCCCUCCGGCCCCCCUCGUUCUCCUGUCCAGCCUCGACUACCAGUACGACACCCCCGGGCUCUGGGAGCUGGAAGAAGUGAGCGGCGGGGCCAGCUCCUGCCCGUGUGUGGAGAUCGUUCAGGGCUCCACACUGAUGCCAGUCCACGUGGAGCGGAAAGUGCGGCUGCUGGGCAGGAACCUGCACCUCUUCCAGGACAGCCCGGGAGACCGUGAGUGUGUGAUGGAGCUGGAGGGCCGUGAGGUGGCAGUUCCAGCCCAGGUUGAGUGCGAGCUGCCUCCGGAUACCCGGUGCCAUGUCACGUGCCAGCAGCUCCAGCUCAGCUAUGAGACUCAGCGGCCAGAGCUCCGCGUGGGGCUGUUCCUGCGCCGGGCCGGCCACCUGCGCGUGGACAGCGCGGAGGGGCUGCACGUGGUGCUGUACGACUGUUCCGUGGGACACGGGGACUGCAGCCGCUGCCAAACCGCCGCGCCCCAGUAUGGCUGUGUGUGGUGCGAGGGGGAACGUUCGCGCUGCGUGGCCCGGGAAGCCUGCGGCCACACUGAGGCCGUGGCCACCCAGUGCCCCGCCCCCCUCAUCCGCUCGGUGGAGCCGCUGACUGGGCCUGUGGACGGAGGCACCCGAGUCACCAUCAGGGGCUCCAACCUGGGCCAGCAUGUGCAGGACGUGCAGGGCACGGUCAGGGUGGCUGGCGUGCCCUGUGUGGUCGAUGCUCAGGAGUACGAGGUCUCCAGCAGCCUUGUGUGUGUCACUGAGGCCAGUGGGCAGGAGGUGGCAGGCACCGUGACCGUGGAGGUGCCGGGAAGAGGACGUGGCGUCUCAGAGCAUGACUUUGCCUACCAGGACCCAAAGCUGCACUCCAUCUUCCCCUCACGAGGCCCCAGAGCCGGGGGCACCCGCCUCACGCUGCACGGCUCCAAGCUUCUGACUGGGCGGCUGGAGGACAUCCGAGUAGUAGUUGGAGACCAGCCUUGUCACCUGCUACAGGGGCGGCAGGCAGAGCAGCUGCGGUGUGAAACCGGCCCACACCCCACGCCUGCCACCCUCCCUGUGGCUGUGUGGUUUGGGGCCACUGAGCGGAAGCUUCAACACAGCCAGUUCGAGUACACAUCAGACCCUAACGUCACCUCUGUCGGCCCCACCAAGAGCUUCCUCAGUGGAGGACGUGAGAUACGGGUCCAUGGCCAGAAUUUGGAUGUGGUGCAGACCCCAAGGAUCCGAGUGACCAUGGCUCCACCCACACAGGGGCCUGGGCACAGGCGCGACGUGGUUCCGGACACGGCAUGUCCCCCUGGAGCCUCCUGUGGCAGUCAUCAUCACCUUGAGGAGCCCUGCCGCGUGAACUCCUCCCAGCUCAUCACCUGCCGCUCCCCGGCCCUCCCGGGCCUGCCCGAGGAGCCCUGGGUCCGGGUGGAGUUUAUUCUCGACAGCCUGGUCUUCGACUUCGCUGCGCUGAGCCCUGCACCCUUCUCCUAUGAGGCUGACCCCACCCUGCAGCCCCUCAACCCCGAGGACCCCACCACGCCGUUCCGGCACAAGCCCGGGAGCGUGCUGUCUGUGGAGGGGGAGAAUCUGGACCUUGCCAUGUCCAAGGAGGAGGUUGUGGCCAUGAUAGGGACUGGGCCCUGCGUGGUGAAGACCCUGACCCGGCACCACCUGUACUGCGAGCCCCCCGUGGAGCAGCCCCUGCCCCUCCAGGAGGCACCUGAUGCUCUGCCUGAGUUCACGGUACAGAUGGGGAACCUGCGCUUCACCCUGGGCCACGUGCAAUAUGAUGGCGAGAGCCCCGGGGCUUUUCCCAUGGCAGCCCAGGUGGGCUUGGGGGUGGGCGUCUCUCUCCUGGCCGUGGGGGUCAUCAUCAUCGUCUUCAUAUACAGGAGGAAGAGCAAGCAGGCCCUGAGGGACUACAAGAAGGUCCAGAUCCAGCUGGAGAACCUGGAGAGCAGCGUGCGGGACCGCUGCAAGAAGGAGUUCACGGACCUCAUGACCGAGAUGACAGAUCUCACCAGUGACCUUCUGGGCAGCGGCAUCCCCUUCCUUGAUUACAAGGUGUACGCUGAGCGGGUCUUCUUCCCUGGGCACCAGGAGUCGCCCUUGCACCGGGACUUGGGUGUGCCGGAGAGCAGACGACCUACAGUGGAACAAGGGCUGGGGCAGCUCUCCAACCUGCUCAACAGCAAGCUCUUCCUCACCAAGUUCAUCCACACUCUGGAGAGCCAGCGCACCUUCUCGGCUCGGGACCGCGCCUACGUGGCUUCUCUGCUCACCGUGGCGCUACAUGGGAAGCUUGAGUACUUCACAGACAUCCUCCGCACCCUGCUCAGUGACCUGGUGGCCCAGUGUGUGGCCAAGAACCCCAAGCUGAUGCUGCGCAGGACAGAGACCGUGGUGGAGAAGCUGCUCACCAACUGGAUGUCCAUCUGCCUUUAUACUUUCGUCAGGGACGCGGUAGGGGAGCCUCUGUACAUGCUCUUCCGUGGGAUUAAGCAUCAAGUGGAUAAGGGGCCAGUUGACAGUGUGACAGGCAAAGCCAAAUACACCCUGAAUGACAACCGCCUUCUCCGAGAGGACGUGGAGUACCGACCCCUGACCCUGAAUGCCCUCUUGGCCGUGGGGCCGGGGGCGGGAGAGGCCCAAGGUGUGCCUGUGAAGGUCCUGGACUGCGACACCAUCUCCCAGGCCAAGGAAAAGAUGCUGGACCAGCUUUACAAAGGAGUGCCUCUCGCCCAGCGGCCAGACCCCCGCACCUUGGAUGUCGAGUGGCGGUCCGGGGUGGCCGGACACCUCAUUCUUUCCGACGAGGAUGUGACUUCUGAGGUCCAGGGUCUGUGGAGGCGACUGAAUACCCUGCAGCAUUACAAGGUUCCAGAUGGAGCAACUGUGGCCCUGGUCCCCUGCCUCACCAAGCAUGUUCUUCGGGAAAAUCAGGAUUACGUCCCUGGGGAGAGGACCCCGAUGCUGGAGGACGUGGACGAGGGGGGCAUCCGGCCCUGGCACCUGGUGAAGCCGAGCGAGGAGCCGGAGCCGCCAAGGCCGAGGAGGGGCAGCCUCCGGGGCGGGGAGCGCGAGCGAGCCAAGGCCAUCCCCGAGAUCUACCUGACCCGCCUGCUGUCCAUGAAGGGCACCCUGCAGAAGUUUGUGGACGACCUGUUCCAGGUGAUCCUCAGCACCAGCCGCCCCGUGCCGCUUGCUAUCAAGUACUUCUUUGACCUGCUGGAUGAGCAGGCCCAGCAGCACGGCAUCUCCGACCAGGACACUGUCCAUAUCUGGAAGACCAACAGCCUGCCGCUGAGGUUCUGGAUCAAUAUAAUCAAAAACCCGCAGUUCGUGUUUGACGUGCAGACAUCCGACAACAUGGACGCGGUGCUCCUGGUCAUCGCACAGACCUUCAUGGAUGCCUGCACCCUGGCCGACCACAAGCUGGGCCGAGACUCCCCCAUCAACAAACUUCUGUAUGCGCGGGACAUCCCCCGUUACAAACAGAUGGUGGAAAGGUACUACGCAGACAUCAGACAGACCGUCCCGGCCAGUGACCAAGAGAUGAACUCCGUCCUGGCCGAGCUCUCCCGGAACUACUCGGGGGACCUUGGGGCACGAGUGGCUCUGCAUGAACUCUACAAGUAUAUCAACAAGUACUACGACCAGAUCAUCACUGCUCUGGAGGAGGAUGGCACGGCCCAGAAGAUGCAGCUGGGCUACCGGCUGCAGCAGAUCGCCGCGGCCGUGGAGAACAAGGUCACGGAUCUGUAGGGACCAGCAACUCUGCUGCCGCCUCGGCCCCGCCGGGCAGCCCUGGAGCCUCGGGGGAGAAGCCACCUUCUUAGAUGCCUGUAGUGCCUGACAAGCCGAGUUAGUGGAAGGUGGCCCUGGUCUCUUGGUGGCUCUGGCCUGGGCCCUGCUGGACUCACCUCGCAGGCCUGGGGCCCGAGGCUGAUGGGGUGGUGCCCCACCUGCUCCCUGAGCCCCGCGACCCUGUGGGCUGUGGGGAGUCGGGUACAAAGGGCUUCCAGAGGGGCUGGAAGGGCCCCCAGCCCCUGGGGAGACUGUACAGUCCUGAACACUGGCCUGUGUCCCGCCGGGAUCCCGAGUGGAAGGAGGAGGCCCCGCUGGCUGUCCUGCCCUCCCCGCAGCUCCCCUCCGUCGGCCUGACCUCGGUGUAGCCGCAUUCCGGCCUUUGCUGCUGCCGCGGUCCUAGGUCCAAGAGAUGAACGCCUUUCCUAGGCCACUGCGAACUGACCCCUCAGAAGGGUCAACUGCCUUGGGGCCACCCUGCCCCGAAAGCAGCCAGUGGUGAGGGGCACCUGUAACGGGGGGGCCUAGGGGAGAUGGUGGCCACACUGACCCAGCUCUUCAUUAA